CGCCCAGGGCUGCUCUCUGUCCCAGGGUGGGGCCAUGCCAGGUGACAGGGCCCCUGUGCCCCCAGCCAGUGACGUGGGGGCCAGGGCGGAGACGCCGGGCAGCUCAGGAGAUGUCUCUGUGACAGAAGCUCGGUGGAGGGGUUGCUGUCAUGUGGGGCUGGGCCCUGCUCCCUGUCCUGCUGGCCAUCUGGGGCACUGUGGGCUUCUGGGUGGUAUACGCCAUGUCCGUGGCCAACGGGUCUGUGAACGUCACAGUCGGGUUCCCGUAUAUCAGCACCUGCGGCUCCGACCCUCCCCAGAGCUGCAUCUUCAGUCAAGUGCUGAACGUGGGGGCGUUCCUGGGGGCACCGGCGGAGCCGGGCUGGCGGGUCGGGAGUGAGGGGCACCGGCGGAGCCGGGCUGGCGGGGGCUGCGGGUCGGGAGUGAGGGGCACCGCCCAAGCCGUUGCCCUUGACUCGGGCUCCGUGUUCGCUCUGCACGGGCUGGGGCUGCGGUCGGAAGCCGCCGCCUGCGAAUGGACCUUGGCCCUGACCCUCUUCCUCCUCUUCGGCCUCUUCGCCGUGGAUUUCCGGCACAUCCAGUCCUGCUCCGUGCGGCUGCAGCGCCGGGCCCCCGCCCCGGCCCUGGAGCUGGGCGCCACCUCCACCCAGACCCUGGCGCUCUAGGCCCAGCCCUGCCAGCCAGCAAACCGGGGACAGGCACCCCCACGGCUCGGGGGCAGGGACCCUUGUGCCCCACUGGGGCUGGACGGCCACCCCCAGCUCUUCCCCCCGCCCCUGCUGGGGGCACUGCUGGGGGGAAGCUCGCAGCGCUGGGGGCUGACUGGCUGCUGGGAUGGAGACUGGUGGAGCCACAGUUCUGGUGUUGGGGGGGAUGUUCAGAGAGCCCCAUAUUCCCCCCCCCCCGGGGACAGAAGUGGUCUGAUGCCCCCCCAGACACGGGGGGGGCUGUAAUAAA